AAAAAAAUAAAAAUCGUUCCGCCACUCUUCUCCCUGUAUUGGGGUCUCCGAAGAAGAGAAAUAGGUUUUUUUACUUUAAUUUUUUCAAAUUUUUUUAAGGUUAGGUUUAUUAGGGUUUGUGUGAUGACGAAGUUCGUGGGAUGGUACGUGAAGAUCGCGGCGGUGUCGGCGCUGGUGGGAGCUUCCAUGGAGCUCUUCAUGAUCCACACCGGAUUCUAUGAUAAGGUGGUUGUUCUCGAGGCGGAAAAGAGAGCGUUGGAGAGCACCCCAGAAGCUCAAGCUAUGAGAGAAGCCCUAAACCCAUGGAGAAAACACGACGAAGAAGCUGGGAGAAAAUCCUCUUCGUAGUUUCGCGAUAUGUAGAAGUUUCUAUUGAUCAAGUAAAAGGAGAGCAAGCCUCUGUAAAAUGGGGAUGCAUUGGUUAACUGUAGCGCAGCAGUCGAACCAGAACAAGUGGCGCGAUGAUUUGGGUUUGAGCAUGCGUUGGGCGAGUUGGGCCCAAAUAACCCUCAGGGUGCGUUUGGUUCGAGUUAUCCUGGUAGGAUUACAGGCAAUCUUGCCAGGAUAACUGUGUUUGGUUAAUCCGCUAUGUAAUCUAGUCGUUAAUGUAGA